CAUCAUAAUUAAGUGGCAUCUCUCUCUCUCUCUCUCUCUCUGCCUCACCGGCCAUACGCCUAGUCGAGAGCAACAACAUGGACCAUCGAAGCGAGUCUACGGAAACUUUAAGGAACAAAUGUGCAGCAUGCUUCAGACAGUUCAACAGGAAGGAGCACCUGGUGGAGCACAUGAAAGUUUCGCAUCACUCCGGCCACGAGCCGAUGUGUGGGAUCUGCAACAAGCACUGCAGAUCUUUCGAAUCUCUCAGGGAGCAUCUUAUUGGGCCACUGCCAAAACAAGAAUGCAAGAACAUAUUCAGCAUCCUGGGGUGCAGAUUCUGCCUGACCAUACUGGACAACCCUAAUUCUCGUCGAGCGCAUGAAGGAAGAUGCCAAUUCUCUAGCGUUAAUGCUGGACUGCUGGCUCGCUUGGCUAACUUGGGGAUCCACGACAAACUAAGCAUCGACAGCGGUCGAACUAGAGGGCCGCAAGUGGUCGCACUAGCUUGCAAGAUGGUUGGAGGUGGCAGUGAUGGGUCGCUAGACCUGUGCGCUAGGAUUUGCAUCAUCGAUGAAUAUGAGAACAUCAUCUUCCACACCUAUGUUAAACCUCCCAUUCCUGUCACCAACUACAGGUAUGAAACAACCGGAAUAAGGCCAGAGUACUUGAAGGAGGCAAUGCCACUUAAGCAAGUCCAAAAGAGAAUUCAAGAAUUCCUCUGUAAUGGUGAGCCGAUGUGGAAGAUUCGUCCCAAAGGCAGUAAAGCCAGGAUUCUUGUGGGUCACGGGUUAGACCAUGAUCUUAAAUGUCUGCAACUAGAUUAUCCAUUGAUCAGAGAUACUGCAGACUAUCCUCCACUGAUGAAAACAAGCAAGCUGAGCAACUCUCUCAAGUAUUUAACACAAGCCUACCUUGGUUAUGACAUUCAGAUUGGUAUCCAAGACCCUUAUGAUGAUUGCGUUGCAACGAUGAGGCUCUACAUGAGAAUGAGAUCUCAAGCUCACAUCAAAGAGGACUACCCGCUGGUAAACAAUUUUGAGUCGAGGAGGCAAAGCGAGCUAGAAAGGAUGAGCCCCGAAGAACUGUUGGACAUCUCAAGGUCUGAUUACUACUGCUGGUGUCUAGACUCUUAGACCAGAAACCCUUUGGUCAUCGGUGGCGAUUCGAAGCUCAAUUCAUUUGGUCGAGGAACAAUUUCUUCAUGCUAGAGAAGGGAAAUUCGAUCUGUAAGCUAAAUCUAUAGUGAUAUGCAUCGAUAUAUCGUAAACAGGAAUAAGAAGGUGAAUGCCUGAGUAGUUUCCAUUUACAUGUACUGGUUCUUGGUGCUUC